UCAUUUCCUUUCCCUAUCAUUCCCUUUGAGUUCGGGGUUUCUCUGAACUAAAAUGACCUAACUGGUUCAAUAUCCCAUUACCAGGUCUAGUCUCCAACCUUCUUUUUUUUUUUAAAAAAAAAAAUUCAGUUGUGUUGGAUAGGUAGUGUACCAGCAUGUACGGGUGAAUGUGGCAAGCAGUUUCUGAAGGAAGGAAUGCCCGAUUUGGGGUUCACUUUUUUGCCAGAAGAAAGAAAGCCAUCAAACUCAAGUUUUCAUCAUAUGAUUGAGAAAGCCAUCAAACUCAUGAUAAAAUAUUUUUAGGAGGACAUUCCAAAACGUUUGUAUUUCCAGUGUGUUUGGGUGACAUCAAAAGUAGGUUUGAGGAAAGCUCAGUUUCGACAAAAUUUCGCGAGAGCAAAACUUAACCCCUUAUUAAAAAAACAUGGUUUUUGGUAUUGGGCAUGUUGUACACACAUAAACCAGGAUCGAACCGACCAUAUACCCUGUCAAUAUCGAACGCAUUAGUGGUUCAGCAGUAAGGGUAGGAGAAGCCACCCCAACCCUCAAGAAUUCUGAAAGGGGUUAUGCCACCCAUGACAGGGGGGCGGGGAAGACUUCUGCAACGGGUUAUGCCAACCAUGACUUAUGAGGGAAGUGGCAUCCGUUAUAAACUUAGUCGGGAACCCGACCGAUCCUUCCCUCUUUCUCCGUUUCUUCGAGGAAAGCACCGGAAUUUUUGCACCGGUAGGCUUUUCCGACACGCUUCCCGGGAUUCUCAGGUCCCGGAAAUCGUAGCUUUCUGGUGUAACCGGGUCUUGUUUGGGUUCGGAUUGAGCAGCUAUGGUUGGGAGCCUCGAAGUUUCCCCAGUUGAAGCGAACAAUGGUGCGAAGGCUACCGCCGAUGACGUCGAGCCGUUGCCGGUGGAGUUUUACCCGUUGGAGACCUCAGACCCAGCCGAUUUAUUAAGGACGACAAACGGUGUGGGAAGCGUGGGUGGGAAGGCGGAAGGGCAGCGUGCCGGAGAUGGUCGGAAGCGGGAGAUCGUCUUGGGGAGGGACGUCCAUAAGAUGAGUCUGGAAGUGACGGAGCCCAAAGCAGACGAUGAGGUCACGGGAGAUCGGGAGGCCUAUAUGGCGGGGGUCUUGGCUAGAUAUAGAAAAUCUCUCAUUGAGAGGACGAGGAAUCAUCUCGGCUAUCCAUUUAAUCUCGAUUUCGAUUAUGGGGCGCUGGGACAGCUGCAGCAUUUCUCUAUUAACAAUCUUGGAGAUCCUUUCAUAGAGAGCAACUAUGGUGUCCAUUCAAGACAAUUUGAAGUUGGAGUUUUGGACUGGUUUGCUCGUCUUUGGGAACUGGAAAAGAAUGAGUACUGGGGAUACAUCACGAAUUGUGGUACUGAAGGAAACCUUCAUGGCAUUCUUGUUGGGCGGGAAGUGCUCCCUGAUGGAAUUUUGUAUGCCUCGAGAGAGUCCCAUUACUCCGUCUUCAAGGCAGCAAGAAUGUACAGAAUGGGUUGCAUAAAAGUCGACACUCGAGCCUCUGGCGAGAUUGACUGUGCAGACUUCCGAACGAAGCUCCUCCAGAACAAGGACAAGCCAGCCAUCAUCAACGUAAACAUUGGAACCACGGUUAAGGGAGCUGUUGAUGAUCUUGAUCUGGUCAUAGAAACACUCGAAGAAACUGGUUUUGGUCGCGAUCGAUUCUACAUCCAUUGCGAUGGUGCAUUGUUUGGACUCAUGAUGCCGUUCGUGAAGCGAGCACCGAAGGUUUCCUUCAAGAAGCCAAUUGGAAGUGUGAGCGUUUCUGGGCACAAGUUUGUUGGCUGCCCAAUGCCUUGUGGCGUUCAGAUAACAAGACUCGAGCACAUCAAUACGCUGUCAAGGAACGUUGAGUAUCUGGCUUCAAGGGAUGCUACCAUCAUGGGCAGCCGAGAUGGACAUGCUCCAAUAUUCCUGUGGUACACAGUCAACCGCAAAGGCUACAGAGGGUUCCAAAAGGAGGUGCAGAAGUGCCUCAGGAACGCGCAUUACCUUAAAGACAGUUUGCACGCGGCUGGCAUCGGCGCCAUGCUUAAUGAACUGAGCAGCACCGUGGUGUUUGAGCGCCCGCAUGAUGAAGAGUUCAUUCGCAAAUGGCAGCUAGCGUGCCAAGGGAAUAUAGCCCAUGUUGUUGUCAUGCCUAAUAUCGAUAUAGAGAAGCUUGAUAACUUCACGAACGAGCUCAUCGAGAAACGGGAGAUCUGGUUCCAGGAUGGAAAGGCUCAAGCUCCAUGCAUUGCAGAAGAGAUUGGUGGGGAGAGCUGUAUGUGUGCUCGUCACAAGUGAUCUGGCUCUCCUCUCGGCCAGAUGGGAGAGUAGGUUGCAGUUUUUUUUUGUCUUCUGCAAGCAAUGUCCGUAUAUCAGUAUUGUUUUUAUUUUCCUUCAUGUUUCAAGUUUCAAAAUAUGAUUUAGCAUUUGGUGCCUGAUUUGUUCUCAACACUUCUAUAAAGCGGUGCAUCUAAAUGGUA